AUCAGUUGAGGGGUUGAGACCAGACUAAGACCAGCUCCAGUUCCUCCUGCAUUCCACUGGGAUAGACUUUUAAUGUGUCUAAAUAUCACCUGUUUUUAUUUGCCUUAUUUGAAGAGAUCUGCAUUUAGGCUAAUUAUUUAAUAGUUUAUGACAUCAAUAGGCAUCGUGACAGGGUUUACCUUGCUGAAAAAUAUGUCAGGUAGAUGGUGGAUCAAGUAGGCCAUGAUGUUAGCAAGGUUACAUUACAGACACAGUUAUGACCUCUUUACACCUGGAGUUGCAGUGUUGUGCACCUGCCUUAGGAAAAGCUUCCCCAGUGUGUGCACUUCUCCCCCAAUUGGACUCCUUGGAAACAUUUUACCACAGACUCAUUGGCAAUGAACCAGUCAAGCAGUGUCCUGAAGACAUGCUUCUACUCCAGCAAACUUUUCCACUCCUGUUUGACAUAGUUAGCAUUGUGGAGGGAGAUCAGCUUCCUGAGGCCUUGACUGCAUUUAUUAUUGACCUGUUGGAAAAAGUAAAGUCUCUGUUUGGCAGAAAUGGAUCAAUACCAGAUGCUGUGCAACUGGAUGUACACCGCACAAAUGAUGUAGAAUACUAUCCUUGCCUGCCUGUGGUAAGAAGUCGCGGUGACUAAUGCCUGGAUGACACAACUCCAAAAUCUGCACAAAGAGGAGUACUCGACAACCAUCCUUACUUCCUGGAGUUUUCUUAGUGCACUGUAAACAAGGUACAAUAAUGUUAUGAGUUUGUAUUAAUAUUUGUAUUAAUUUCUACAAUGAACAACAUUACUUCUGAUAUAAAAAAUGUACAUUUCAGUUCACUCUGAC